UUGUUGAAAAUCUUGUCAGGUGGGCAUUUGUUCUGUUUUUGAUCAAUGGUAAAGUUCAAAUUCAAAUUCACUAGGUGCAUUUGAACUCUGGCCUUAAUUGGGUAAAUACUCCUCUACCACUGAAUUCACAAGCAUCAGAAAAACAUUAUACCCCUAUAAAUUAACUUGGUCCAUCCACUAGGAUCAUUGACAUAUUUGUAACUAUGUUUCUACCGACCUCAUGAAACUUUGUCUAUGUGCUAAAGCAAACAUAUAUACCUGCAAUGUUCAGUCACUUCAGUGCAAUCUAGUUGCAGUACUAUGCUUGCUAGGUGCCGAGGUCUGUACUUGGAAUAAGUCCAUUGUGUUAGGAAGAUGGAGAUUCCAGCAACUUACCAACUUGGAAGACUAUCAGGAUCAUGAUCUCAAUUGUACCCGUAAACUUGGAGAGUAGUUACUCCUUUCUAGACCACAGUACACUUUUGAUCAAUUAAUGAGUCCGGGAAGUGGUACUACUGGUCGGACAUGUAUGUUGUGGCGUGUAAGGCUAUGCUCAGCCUUCCGUACCAUCUUAGCCUGCACUGUAAUCUACCUCACCACCCUCUAUGCCCCCGAAACUCUCAAACAACUAGUUGCACACCCAGCCUAUUCUUACCUGACAACAAUCUUAAUAGUCUCAGCAGACGCAACUCUUGGUGAUGCCUUGAAAGGCUUCUGGCAUGCCCUGUAUGCUUGUGUUCAGGUUCUAAGUCUCUCAAUUUUGAGCCUCCAGCUGAUUGGGCCUGCGCUCUUCACCUCCCAUGUGAUUGCAGCCUUGGCAGUGGCUGUCACUACGUUUAUUGUGGCAUUGCCAGAAGUAACAAGCUUGAUGUGUAAGCGGAUUGCGUUUGGGCAGAUUGUGAUAGUCUAUGUAGGUACUGCUAUUCAUGGUAAUACUGCACAGGCUGAUCAUGAUCAGGAUGAUACGGUACUCAUGCACCCAAUUCAAGUGGCUUCAAGUACUAUGCUCGGAGCAUUGGCAUCUGUUCUGGCUAUGUUGUUUCCGAACCUGGUCUUCUAUCAUGAAGAUUCUUUUCUGGCUAUGUUGUCUCCCCACCUUGGCUAUCACCAGGUAGGACAAAUGUGCCGAAAAUAUACUGACAAUGCUAGGAAAAGGUUGAGCCUCUACUUAGAAGCCGUGGUGUCUCAAGACAGCUUGGUUGCCCUUGACACUAUUUCAGAAGCACAGCACUUGACUAUAGUAGGAGAAAAGCUUCUUCACAGUAUCAAACAGAAACAGGAAGCCUUGGUGUGGGAGAGACCAGACAUCAGAAUCCUAAAACCAAGUUGCACUGAUUUGGAAAAGAAAUUGCAGGAUAUAGAUGUACCCUUAAGAGGAAUGGAAGUAGCUCUAACUUGUUGCCCUUCAUUUCCUGUUGCCAUGAUUGACAAAGUGCCCAAAGAUGCUUUCACCAACAUAAAGAGUCACAUAAUCCACAAGCUGGAGCAACUUGAGCGCAUUUCACCUUUCUACAUGACAAAGAAGAACGGAAAUUCCUUGGACUGGUCCUUUUGGACCCUCGAAAACCUUUGUCAUGAAGAUUUUUUGGCUUUCUUUUUUCUUGAUUGUCUGAAACUCCUCCAAGAAAAUACUGAGGCUAUUGAAGAAUGCAAGAAGGACACUGAGAUUAAAAGUUUCAGUGGUUCACAAAAUCAAAGCAAUAGCAGUAUCAUAAGGUGCCGGAGCACUCUAGAGCACAUGAUACCAAGCAAAGCAAGUUUACUUCUUGCAUUCAAGUGCUCGCUUUCACUAUGUCUUGCUGUGCUAUUUGGUUUGAUUUAUAAUGAAAAAGAAGCGUAUUGGGCAGGACUCACAAUUGCAAUAAGUUUUGUCACAGGAAGACAAGCGACAUUUACAGUUACCAAUGCUCGAGCACAAUCAACAGCAAUGGGAUCAAUCUAUGGAAUCUUGUGCUGUUUUGUUUUCCAAAAGUUUGAGGAUAUAAGCUUCUUACCUCUUAUUCCUUGGUUAAUAUUCACAAGUUUUCUAAGGCACAGCAGGAUGUAUGGUCAAGCUGGUGGGAUAUCAGCAGCUGUUGGGGCAUUACUAAUACUUGGUAGGAAAAAUUAUGGCCCUCCUAUCGAUUUUGCAAUUGCUAGGAUCACAGAGGCUGUAAUUGGAUUGAUCUGUUUCGUCACCAUAGAGAUUCUCUCAUGUCAAGUAAGAGCAGCGCCUCUAGUAAAACUUGAACUUUCACAUUGCUUGGGAGCUCUUCAAGAAUGCAUCAAAGAUAUAGUUCUCUGUGACAAUAACCAAAGCAACCUGCAAGCUUCAAUCUUUCCAGCACUGAAACAGAAACAGGACAAUUUGAAGUCCCAUCUCAAUCAAUUUGAGAAGUUUGUUGUUGAAGCUGAGUUGGAGCCUAAUUUCUGGUUCAUCCCUUUCAACAGCGCUUGUUAUCGUAAGCUCCUGAGGUCUGUAUUAAAGAUGACUGACCUUUCACUUUUUAUGUCCAACAAAGUACAAUCUCUAUCACUGGCAUUAAAAAGAUUUGAAGUUGCUGCAGAGGACCUCCAAAGCCACAUCAAGGGCAUGAAGAAUGAUAUAGAUCUUUUCAAGAAUAUAGUCUGCUCCUCACUUCAAUGCCUUCAAGAGUUGUCUUCCAAGAAGUCUCUUGCAGUACGUGACAAACAUGACAUGCAGUUGGGAGCAUUACAUGAGGAAGAUGAUGAGUGUUCCAUUUUAAGUUCUUUUCUUCAACAUUCCAACUAUGUAUCGGAUGGAAUUGAUACCGGUGAAGGCAAGAAAGAUGAGAAGCUUAAGAGCCAGGUGAUUCUGUGUUUGGGUGGCCUAGGAUUCUGCAUCACUAGUCUACUGAGGGAAGUACAAGAGACGGAGAAAGAGUUUCAAGAACUAGCCAAAUGGGAGAACCCUUCAAACCAUGUUGUAGUAUAAAGUUACACAUAUCUGAUUUUCCUUUAUUUGAGCUUAUUCUCUUACUGAUUCCGUAAUACCAUAUCGGAUCUCGAAGUAACCACGGGUUCGUAGUAACAUUAAGGACAAUUAGGUUCACCCUUAGGGUGAAUGAGCAUAUUCACCAAUUAGUAGUGGUUUUGCUAAUUAUAUGCUAUGCAGUGUUAAUUGACUGCAUGACA